GUGUCUCGGGAAACCAUCGGGUUGGAAGGACUUAAAAAUGUAGGAGGAAAGCCAAAAGCUGAAGAUAGCCCGGUAUCACCGGUCUUCUUAGCUCUUCCAUGGCCAGAUUUUAGUUUGGAAGAAUUUGAGGUUAUUGAGGGCAACGGCGGGUGGCAGAAGUCAGACUCGGUGGAAAUCUAGGUUGGCUCCAGUUGAAACAGCUUUAACGGGGUCCCUGCGACUCACCUUCUGCACCAAUUACGAGAGCGAUGACGUCUGGGUGUUACGAGGUUCUCGAAGUGAGAGGGUAGAAAUGAGAAGACCCAGAGUUCCCAUCUUUCCUGCCCUGCUUCUCUCCAUCUGCACUCUGCCUUGACCUACCCAUGGGACCUAUUUAGGGACAGGCCUUGGAUAUUCUGAAGCGCCUUUACAUGGAGCACAAAGAUGACGAUGAUGAUGAUGAUGUGUCUUUUGCCAAAUGGAUGAGCAGCUUCUGGGGUCACAGCUGGAUAGAGGAGGAUGAGCGAGGAGUCCGGGACCGCCGUGGAUCACAAGACGCCAGUUACAGGAAAAGCUCCCUGCCCUGCCCAUUUCCUGUGCUUCCCAGAAUGAUGUCGUCUGCCAGCCAUCCUAGAAGGUAUUCUUAUGAGGACCAGGGAUUUCGAUGCCACACUCAAGUGCGGGAUCACAGAAAGUGCUCAGGGGAUGGGUCAUUCAAGGAGCCACUGGAAUCAAAAGGAAGAUCCCAUUCCAAAAUUCAGUCAUUUUCAGACUCCUUUGAACAGCAACUGUGCUUUAGAACCAAACGUUCCGUCUCUUUGGGACCUGAGAGCAGAAAGGAGAGAAAUGAGAGAGAACGCCGGUUUCUGGAAGUGAGGUCUCGCAAGAAAGUGGAGGAAAAAAGGAGCUGUAGGGAGGAAGAGCACGGAGGAGUGUACCUGCCCACCCUGUCUGAAAAAGCGCUCAAAUAACCCUUUGCUUCCACACCACGACUACCGAUGCUGCUGUGUUUUUUGAGCCCCAAUUUACCAGACCCAGGAACGGUACCUGUAAGAGGGUCUGCAGAUGCUGA